AUGGAUCCGCAACUGCCAAUAGAUGACAGCCGUGAAAGUUCUCCAAGAACGCGGUCGAUAUCCGCGCAUUUUCCCCAACUAGCGACUGCGAUACAAAUGCCAUAUGCCGAUGGAAUUCACACGUUGUUUGAGAACGCGAUGAACAACGUCGAGUUUCAAAACCAAUCAUCAUCAUCAAGUAAUCGAAAUUUUGAAGAAAACCACGAAUCGCCUGAUCACUCUAGAAUUGAAAGAGAUAUGCUACUCGAUCAACAUCAUUUUCGCCAUGGAUUGGAACACAUCCGAAAUCGAUUAGAAACACAACAAGGACAAUCAGUAAUCACAUUUCUCAAAAAUGUGCUUCCAUUUCUUGCACUGUUUGUGGCAAAGCUAACCUAUGAUCAUAUGUACGACAUUUUCCAAUUUGGGGUUCUUUUUGUGGCGUUUUAUUUGUCAAACCAAAUCAACCAAAGAAUUAUGGAAGGAGGAUUCACGAACAAAUUCUUCCAAAUUAUCUAUUGCUUCGCAUCGAGCAUGAUCACUGCUGUUUAUCUCCAAAACUAUUCGUUAGUGGAUUUUGAGUUCUCAAACACUUUUGGAUUAAAUGUUUUGUAUUUCAUGAGCGGUGAAUACAAAGAGUUGACAAUGUCAUCCACGUUUUACGGAGUCAUCGUGACGGACACUUCAUUCAAAUUAAUCACAUUAAUUCCAAAGUCAUUGAUUUUGAUCAUUCCGUAUGCCUACACAUCUUCCUCUUUCAAGCGGAAAUUGCUUCAAACAGUCGAGUAUUGUUCGCAGAUGUAUCGUUGUGCCCUUCCCUUUGGUCCCUGGCUUCGUUAUUACCUUUUCGUGACGCCUGGCUCUGGAUUCAUGAUAAACAUUUUCUGUUUUGUUUACUUUUCCUUGAAAAUUGGAGAAGUAUAUCGAUAUUCUCUCUCGGUCAAAAAAUCGGUUCGCUGUCUGCUCACGGUCAGUUCGUUCGGGACAGUGGUGAAGGUUCACGAGUUGGAGGAGCAGCAAUGUACAGUUUGCCACGAAGACUUGACGUAUCCGAUCAGAUUGGAGUGUUCGCAUGUUUUCUGUAAAAGCUGUAUUGAGACCUGGUUAGACCUGAAAAUCACAUGUCCUAUGUGCCGGGCUGAAGUCAUAAAAGAUGUUGAUAACGACUGGAAGAAUGGAGAAACUAGCAAAUGGAUCCGAGCCUUCUAA